AUGAAUUCAGGUCUAGUGAAAAUACUAAAGAAGUAUGACAAGAGAACAGGAGCACUUAUCAGACAACCCUUCAUCGAAAAGGUGCUGCAGCAGCCAUUCUUUACAACUUAUCUCCUAUACAAAUUCGUGAAGGAGUGUGUGGCUAUGCUCAACCACCUCUUCCCCAGCAACAACCUGUCAAUUUCAGCAGAAUGCGACGGACAAAAUGGAGUGCCAAAGCCGGCACAAUCAGGUGGGAGGGUUCCGAAGUUGGAGGAGAUUAAAUAUAUGCAGAGCUUAUACAUGAAGAGCACCGUAGCAGCGCUGCGGUCCUUGAAACAGAUUAGGAGAAAAAGUUCAACAGCCAAAACAGAUUAG